AUGACCCACCCUACAACCAAACAAGACGAAGUUCCCACUCCUUCAGAGGUGGACGAAAGCUCCCCCUUAAUCCCGUCCACCCCUGAUAACUGCAACUCUGAAACCAAAAGGCCCAUUUUCGGACUCCUCUCGGUGCUUCUAAUCGGCGUCUUCGUCUCGCAGACCGACACUUUCCUCGUUCUCGCGGCAUACGGUUCCAUCACGGCCGAGUUCAAUGACCUCAAGAAUGCUAGUUGGCUAUUCUCUAGCUACAUGCUCGCCACGUGUGUUGGGCAGCCCCUGUACGGCAAGCUGAGCGACAUUUUUGGUCGCAAGGCGAUGCUUCAGACUUCAUACGUCUUCUUUUCAGGAGGCAGCAUCAUCUGUGGCGUCGGAACUUCAAUGCCUCAGAUCAUCGUCGGCCGGGUUAUCCAGGGGAUUGGGGGGGCUGGCAUGGUCUCUCUGGUCUCCGUCCUGAUCACAGAUCUCGUACCCCUGAGAGACGUUGCUACCUAUCGAAGUUAUGUCAACAUCACCCAGGCCGCGAGUCACUCAUCUAGCGGGGUUAUCGGGGGGUCCCUCACCCAAACGAUCGGCUGGCGAUGGGCCUUUCUCUGCCAAGCUCCCUUGACCAUUGUCACUAUGGUACUCGUUGCUUUCAGGCUGCCCAACACAUACGUCACUACAACAAAGACGUGGAGAACCUCUCUGAAGCGCGUCGACUUUGCCGGCGCUGCUGCUAUGAGCUGCACUAUCCUCUGUCUUCUGCUCGUCCUCGACAUACGAGGGGACAAAAUUCCCUGGUCGUCGCCUGUCCUUGUGUCCCUCGCUAUUCUCGGCCUCCUUUUAAGCGCUCUGUUCUGCGCCGUCGAAAAGUUCUGGGCAACUGAACCCAUCUUCCCCUUGCACCUCCUGGCUAAUGGUCAUGUGGUCAUCUUUUACUCGGUCAUGAUCCUUUGCUGCUCUACACUGGCUGGUAUGAUGAUGUUUAUUCCUCUUUACUUCCAAGUUACACGCAACGUUUCUCCCACGACUGCCGGCGCAUCCCUCAUCCCAUCUGUUCCGAGCAACACACUGGGCGCCUUGUUCACGGGAGCGUACAUUAAGAAGUGA